AUGCAUUCUAAAGACAAGUGCCCUGUUUGCGAACCCUGCGACAAAUCACCCAAAUCAUGCCCUGUUUGUAAAUCUUGUGAGAAAUGUGAUUUAUGUGAAAAAUGUAAAUUAUGUGAGAAAUGUGAAAACUGCGGAAAAUGUCCACCUUCUCAGACUACAGUUACUUACACCAUAUGUCCUCCACAUACUCCAAAGCCAUCUAAUAGUACUGCAGCACCACAAGUACUAGAGACUGCAGCACCACAAGCACUAAAGACUGCAGCACCACAAGAACUAAAUACUGCAGCACCACAAAUUUUAAUUACCACUAAAACUAUAACAGCAACUUAUAGCACAUGUCCCCCAAUUAGUGUCUGCAGUCCUACAACUACUAUAACUGUUACUCCUACAAGCAGACCUUUUAACAGCAUAUGUCCUCCAAUUAGUGUCUGCAGUUCUGCGACUACUAUAACAGUUACUCCUACUAGUAGACCUUUUAACAGCAUAUGUCCUCCAAUCAGUGUCUGCAGUUCUGUUACUAUAACAGUUACCCCUACAUGCUUACCUUGCAACGUCAUACCAAUUAAUUCAGCUCCAUCUGGUCCAAGUAAUCCACCUCCAUCUGGUCCAAGUAAUCCAGUUAUUCCACCUCCAAUUGUCCAAACCAUUUCUGGUCCACCUGGUUCAAUUUCAACUUACCCUGCUUGUACCCCCUCUGUUGUCACCAGUUACAUUACCAUCUAUACAUCUAGUGCCACAUCUAGUUAUUCAUCUGCUACAAUUACAGCUACACCACCUCCCGGUACAGUUACCGUAAUUUCAUCUGUUACUCUCGGACUUAUUGGCUUACUAUUACUUCCAUUAUGUGGUGCUGCAUGCUAUUAUUAUUACUGUCGUAGAAAGGCAGCAGGUGCUGCCGGCGCAGCAGGUGGUGCAACCGCUUAUGGUGGUGGCGCAACUUCUUACGGUGGUGGCGCAAAUUCUUAUGGUGGUGGCGCAACUUCUUAUGGGAAUGGUGGGAACGGUUAUGGUGCAGAAGAAACGACAACAUCAUAUGGUUAA